AUGUAUAGAACUAACUCCAUUCGUAUUCGCCACGUAUCCUUACCUCUGGUAACCAUUGGGACGGGACAGCAUCCUACGAGUCGUCGAAAGCACGAACGUAUCUCAGGUCCCACCAUUGGAGGAGGAACGUACUGGGGAUUGAUUCGACUCUUGACCAACAUUGAAGAGUUUGAAGAUUGUAUGCAGUUGGCGGAGCACGGGGAUCCCACCAAAGUUGACAUGAUGGUGGGAGAUAUCUAUGGCAAUAACCCCGAGGCGCUGGAAAAGCUGGGACUGCCGGCAGGCUUGGUGGCGUCGUCUUUUGGCAAAUUGGUGGCCAAGGAAGAUCCAGCCGCGGGCUUGACACAGGAGGACUUGGCUCGAGCGUUGCUGCUGAUGGUUACGAACAACAUUGGUCAGGUGGCCUAUUUGAUGCUCAGCUGA